CAGCAAGACAAGAGGACUCACCUCACUCUUCUUCCUGUAACUACAAAGACUUGGGUUAGACAAGCAGAAGCAUACACCUCCCUCCCUCAUGGCGGCAGAAAACGAAGCAGUGGAGCUGGGAACCCAGAGUGCAUCAACAGACAAGUCAGCUAAAGGUGCAGCAGAUGAAGGACCCCCUACUGCAGAGAAAGUGCCUGGUUGUUCUGAGUCAGAAAAGGGUUCUGGGCCCCCAGGUCGAAAGAAAGAGUCUGGACCCUCAGAGCCAAAGAAAAAGCCUGGGCCCCCAGGUCCAAAGAAAGAGUCUGGACCCUCAGAGCCAAAGAAAAAGCCUGGGCCCCCAGGUCCAAAGAAAGAGUCUGGACCCUCAGAGCCAAAGAAAAAGCCUGGACCCCCAGAUCCAAAGAAAGAGGCCGGGUCCCCAGAUCCAAAGAAAGAGCCUGCACCUCCAGAUCCAAAGAAAGAACCUGGACCCCCAGAUCCAAAGAAAGAGGCCGGGUCCCCAGACCCAAAGAAAAAGAGUGGACCCCUAGACCCAAAGAAAGAACCUGGACCCCCAGAUCCAAAGAAAGAGGCUGGGUCCCCAGACCCAAAGAAAAAGAGUGGACCCCUAGACCCAAAGAAAGAUCCUGGACCCCCAGAUCCAAAGAAAGAGGCUGGGUCCCCAGACCCAAAGAAAAAGAGUGGACCCCUAGACCCAAAGAAAGAACCUGGACCCCCAGAUCCAAAGAAAGAGGCUGGGUCCCCAGACCCAAAGAAAGAACCUGGACCCCCAGAUACAAAAAAAGACUCCAGUCCACCCACCCUGAAGAAAGAUGCCAAAGCUUCUGCCCUGAACAAAGGAGCCGCUGCCCCAGCUCAGCCCUCAACUAGGAGCCAAGACCCCGAGGAAACAGGAGGCUUAAGUGGGGGACCUGCGGAGGGCAGCGCUGGGCAGUCAGCAGCCCUGCCCCAGGAGAGCGCAACAGCUGAGGCUGGUGCCAGCAAACCCACUGUUGAGCAGGGGGCCUCAGGAAGCCAGGACUCCAGAGAGGCCAAGGUGUUCACCAAGGAGGCAGAAGGCCAAUUCACAGCCAAGAGGGGCUCAACUGCCUUUCUGCACAGCCCCAGCUGCCCUGCCAUCAUCUCCAGCCCUGAGAAGCCAGUGAUCAAGAAGACCCCCAAUGAAACAUCAGAGCUCAUCUUUGAAGGAGUGACCCCUGGCCCCAAGGAUCCUGUGGCAGUCGAGACAGCAGAAGGGAAGAACACCUUGGCGAGCAGCCUGAAGGAAACAGAAAAGGUCCCAAUCCAGACUGGCCAGGCUAAGUUGCAAGGGGACACCUCGAGGGCGACGGAGUUCCAGGCUGUCUCCCCAGAGAUAUCGGAGGUGGAGGUGGGGCAGGCCUUCACAGCCAGGGAAGAGGACUGCUUCCAGAUUUUGGAUGACUGCCCACCACCCCCAGCCCCUUUCUCACACCGUAUUGUGGAGCUGAGGACCGGCAACGUCAACAGCGAAUUCAGCAUGAACUCCAAGGAUGCGCUGGGCGGUGGCAAGUUUGGAGCUGUCUGUACCUGCGUGGAAAAAGCCACAGGCCUCAAGUUGGCAGCCAAGGUCAUCAAGAAGCAGACCCCCAAGGACAAGGAAAUGGUGAUGCUUGAGAUCGAGGUGAUGAACCAGCUGAACCAUCGCAACCUGAUCCAGCUGUACGCGGCCAUAGAGACGGCACACGACAUAAUCCUAUUCAUGGAGUACAUCGAGGGCGGCGAGCUUUUCGAGAGGAUUGUGGAUGAGGACUAUCCCCUGACAGAGGUGGACACCAUGGUGUUUGUCCGGCAGAUUUGUGAUGGCAUCCUCUUUAUGCACAAGAUGAUGGUUCUGCACCUGGACCUCAAGCCAGAGAACAUCCUGUGCGUCAACACCACGGGUCAUUUGGUGAAGAUCAUUGACUUUGGCCUGGCACGGAGGUAUAACCCCAACGAGAAACUGAAGGUGAAUUUUGGGACCCCGGAGUUCCUGUCACCUGAGGUGGUGAAUUACGACCAAAUCUCCGAUAAGACAGACAUGUGGAGCAUGGGGGUCAUCACUUAUAUGCUGUUGAGUGGCCUUUCCCCCUUCCUGGGAGAUGAUGACACAGAGACCUUAAACAAUAUUCUCUCUGCCAACUGGUACUUUGAUGAGGAAACCUUUGAGGCCGUGUCAGAUGAGGCCAAAGACUUUGUCUCCAAUCUCAUCGUUAAGGACCAGGGGGCCCGUAUGAGUGCUGCCCAGUGCCUUGCACACCCCUGGCUCAACAACCUGGCAGAGAAAGCCAAGCGCUGUAACCGACGCCUCAAGUCCCAGAUCUUGCUGAAGAAAUACCUCAUGAAGAGGCGCUGGAAGAAAAACUUCAUUGCUGUUAGCGCUGCCAACCGCUUCAAGAAGAUCAGCAGUUCUGGGGCACUGAUGACGCUGGGGGUCUGAGCCCCGAGAGCAGUUGAGGCCUGGACGCAGCCACUCGGUGGCCAGGGCUGAGGUCACACAGCCCAGAAGGCCAGAGCAGAUGGGCCAGAUCCCCAGGGUGGGCUGACCAGGACAAGGCUGCACCAGGCUGGGAGGCUCGGGGCUCCCCAUCCCCCUGCACGGCGACUGCUUCCCCGACUGAGCCACCCUGGAUGUGGCCUGGAGCCAUCUUGCUAACAACACCUGGGAUAGGGCUCUGAGUCAUCAGCCACAGCCCAGGAGCCACAGGCCACUGUUCCUUCCCUUCCUCCCCCUCUUGGAACUGCUAUCCCAUGACCCUUGCUUUGCUCCACCUGGGGCAUCUCUGGCCUGGGCUUACUCCUUGCUGGGUUGUGAAGGUUGGGGAUCCCAGCACAGGGGGCUGCUGUGGUUUUGAACAGGAGGCUGUUGGCAGGGCAAGAAGGUAGCCAGGCUAAUUCCUGAAGCUCAUCUGCCAAGGGAGACAGAACAGGCUUUGUGAAGGAGGACCUCCAUGCACCAGUCCGCCUACCCCACUCCCAAUAGAUAAGGGCCUACCACACACCAUCUGGCAGGGCCUGGCCCCCGCCCACCUGCCUUGCAACCACCAACACACAGGAACUCUGUGUGUAAAAGAACUGACGCCAGCCCAGGCCUGGCGGAGGGAGAGGGGAGAGGCCCAGGGGAUACUGGAGACCACCCUUGAGCCUGCCUAAAGGCCAAGCCAGCCCACCACAGCCACUCCAGCCCCCCACCUCAAGGGUAACCCACAGCCUCAGACAGUGGGGGGUCUUCAGGCCCAGAAGAAGUAGGAAGGCUGUCAGGCAGCCCCCAACCUGCUCUCAGCUUGUGCCUUGUAAAUAAAUGUACAGGUUAGCUGUG